UGCUUGAAGUGCUUUGACUCCAGUACUAAAUGUACUAAAUUCACACGAAAUAUUUUUGAGCAAAAAACGCAAAAAAUAACGUUAAUAAGUGAACGGACUGUGCGUGUUGUCAAAAAUCCAUUGUGUUCCCGCGCUUUUCAUUGCUUCAGCGAAUUGUGUAUGUUUCAACAGAAACUUUAAAUUUUUGUGUAAAAUAUCGAGGGAAAACUUAAGGAAAUAUGUCUAGUCCUCUAACGUCGCCGUCAGCACCAUCGACUCGUCGAAAUGGCAACGCAGCAGAAACUCCUCAGCGAAGAAAUGAAAAUCUCCUCGAAGUCGAUACGCCAAUGCGGCCGCCUGAUAACCGAAAUCGACAUCCGGAUACCGAAAACUCCGAGGUCUUCAAUGUGCCAACAUCACCAGCCGUUCAACUAAAUUCAUCACAACAGCCCCAAACACCGCAAACAUUCAGUAACAUUGACCUAAGCUCACCGUUGAAUUAUGGCACACCGAGUUCAAUGGGAUCCGUUUUAACUCCACGAUCGGGAAUUAGAGGCACUCCAGUUCGGGCUCGACCCGAUAUUCGCACUGAUCGACGAAUGCAUCUGGUCAAUGUGGCUUCGGAUCCGUUAGAACCAAUAGCCGAAGCAGCAUCCACGGAUCCAGGCUCAGUUCCAGGUCCGCAACUAGUAAUCUGGGGUACGAAAGUGGUUGUCAGUGAGUGCAAAGAGAAGUUCAAACAGUUCCUGAUGCGUUACAUUGAUCCGGAAGCGCAGCAAGACGAAAUUACCGAAAAUAUGAAUUUGAAUGAGCCGCUGUACAUGCAAAAACUGGAAGAAAUUCAUACGCUCGAAGAGCCAUUCCUGAAUGUCAACUGUUCGCAUUUGAAAACAUUUGACGAAAAUCUGUACCGCCAGUUGAUCUCGUAUCCGCAGGAAGUGAUACCCACAUUCGAUAUGGCCAUCAAUGAAAAGUAUUUCGAAUUGUAUCCGGACUCACAAUUGGAGCAUCAGAUACAGGUCCGACCAUUCAAUGCUGAGCACACGAAAAAUAUGCGCGCACUGAACCCGGAAGACAUUGAUCAACUGAUUACCAUCAGUGGCAUGGUGAUUCGAACAUCGAAUAUCAUACCGGAAAUGCGCGAGGCCUUCUUCAAAUGUAUCGUUUGCUCGUUCACCACGACUGUGGAAAUCGACCGGGGACGCAUUCACGAGCCGACUCUAUGUUCGAACUGUAACACAAACCACUGCUUCCAAUUGGUACACAAUCGAUCGCAAUUCACCGACAAGCAAAUGGUCAAAUUGCAAGAAUCUCCCGACGAUAUGGCUGCUGGACAAACACCACAUAACGUCUUGCUAUUCGCUCAUAAUGAUUUGGUGGACAAGAUUCAACCGGGUGAUCGGUGUACGGUGACUGGUAUUUAUCGAGCCAUUCCAAUUCAAGAGAAUCCGCGUGCACGAAAUGUUAAGGCGGUUUAUCGCACGCACAUUGAUGUGGUGCAUUUCCGGAAAGUUGACAACAAACGGUUGUACGAGGAAGAAGAAGGCAAAGAUCACAUCUUUCCACCAGAACGCAUUGCAUUAUUGCGAAUGCUGUCUCAAAAGCCGGAUGUUUACGAUCGUUUGGCUCGUGCUAUCGCACCAUCGAUCUACGAAAACACCGACAUCAAAAAAGGCAUUCUGUUGCAACUGUUUGGCGGCACCAAGAAGACUCACGUCACAUCUGGCCGACAGCAUUUCCGUUCGGAAUUGCAUAUUCUACUGUGCGGCGAUCCUGGUACAUCUAAGUCCCAGUUACUGCAAUACGUCUACAAUUUGGUGCAACGUUCCCAGUACACGUCCGGUCGGGGAUCAUCAGCUGUGGGUCUGACAGCCUAUGUCACCAAAGAUCCGGAAACAAGACAAUUGGUUCUACAAACGGGCGCUCUGGUAUUGGCCGACAAUGGUGUUUGUUGUAUCGACGAAUUUGAUAAAAUGAACGAUGCCACACGGAGCGUGUUGCACGAAGUUAUGGAACAACAAACACUCAGCAUUGCCAAAGCGGGCAUCAUUUGCCAAUUGAAUGCUCGCACAAGCAUUCUGGCCGCUGCAAAUCCAGCUGAAUCGCAGUGGAAUAAGAACAAAAACAUCAUCGACAACGUUCAACUGCCACACACACUCAUGUCACGGUUCGAUUUAAUAUUUCUGAUUUUGGAUCCGCAAGAUGAAGUUUUCGAUCGUCGGUUGGCAUCGCAUUUGGUGUCCUUGUAUUACGCGACUCAGCAGGACGAGGACGAUACUUUGUUUGACAUGAGCGUGCUCAGAGACUAUCUGGCCUACGCCAAGGAACACGUUCAUCCAGUCCUAACCGAAGAGGCCCAGCAGCGUUUGAUUCAAGCCUACGUCGACAUGAGAAAAAUUGGUUCGGGACGUGGUCAGAUAUCGGCAUACCCUCGCCAAUUGGAAAGUUUAAUUCGUUUGGCUGAAGCACACGCUAAAGUUCGGCUGAGCAAUGACGUCGAAGUGCAAGAUGUUGAAGAGGCAUAUCGAUUACAUCGCGAAGCAUUGAAGCAGUCUGCUACCGAUCCAUUGUCGGGUAAAAUUGAUGUUGGAAUUUUGACCACCGGCUUAUCAACAGCGGCAAGGAAGAAACAAGCCGAUUUGGUUGCUAGUAUUAAGGACAAUCUGAAGAAGAAGGGCAAUACGCCGACAAUUCCAUGGCAGAAACUUUUCAUGGAAAUCAAAGAAAAUUCACAGAUCCUUAUCACACGAGAACAAUUUGAAGAUGCACUGAAGAUCAUUCAGGAUGACGGGGAUAUUGUUGUUAUGGGUAAAACUACCAUUAGAAUUUGUAAAAGUACCGAUUAAUUCAGCCAUUUGUUGUGUGGUUUCUUUUAAGUUUCUCCUUUCCUUUUUAAUUAAUUCUUUUUGUAAUUUAAAUAAACGUUGAACGGACAUUA